AGAAGAAGGUUGGACUGGGUCAUUGGGUUGGCUGUUUGGUUCUGAUGUUGCAGGGUUUUCUGGAUUGGAUUGGAGCAACGGUCGACCGGGGUCCUGAGAACGGUCCAGUGUUUCGACCGUCUGGGUGGCUGAUUCUUCACUGCGUAUUUCUUCCUCAAAAAAGUCAGCAGUGGGUUCAGGCGCACCCCAGGUUCCAAAAAUGAUGCAAAGCAAGCUCAAAUUCAUGGAGCAAUCGGCGAUACCCUCUUCGCGGCACUGUUCAUCGCGCGGUUACAGAGUAUUCCGAAAAGAAGAAGAGGAGGGCAGCAGCGGAAAGAAGAAAUACCUACUGAGGGUGUUCGCCAAAACGGCGGUCACGAGAAAAGCACUGUUAAGAGCCCAACCAGGUGGCCCAAAUCGAGGAUCGAUCCCUUAUAAUCCACAAAGUCCUGCUAUGCCUGCAAAAGAGCUGGGCCUCGAAACGAAGGAUUGGGCGAGAGUCCCCUCGCCCCACGGAAUCAUUGAUUUGUGAUGGAUGCGCAACUAAAGGAAGGAGCCGCAA